AGCAGUUCAAUAAUGAUGCUGCCCUCUUCACAUUAGGUUUCCUUCUGUCCUGAGGUCUGGUACAGGGCAGAUGAAGAGGGAAGUGAAACAAGGAGCUGGGCUUAAGAAUCCCAAUGAAAGGAUGGGGAACUGUCUCCGAAGAAGAUUCAGCCAGCCAAAGGACAACCAAGAGGAACACAGGAAGCCGAGAACUGGAAACCUAGAACAGAAAAAGUACAGACAAGUAAUAAAGAGAAGAAAGAAAGAGUUCCACAAGGAAAGUGAAGAAGUUUCACCUUCUUAUCAUCAGGAAAGCCAGGAAGACAACGCAAAGGAGCCGUUCUAUGCCCUCAUCACGCACGUGCCUCGACGAAUGCCUUCCAUAAACUCCACGGAGGAGGACUAUGAGAAUGUUGGCCCCAAGCUUAAGCUGGCUCCUGGGCAUGAGACUGAAUAUGCCGUCGUGAGGGUCCCUUCUAGACCCGAGCCGUCCCCCAGCUUCCAGGACGAGGAAUACGAACUUACCAUGCCCUAUCCAAACCCAUUACCCAUCCCACCUCAACCUGAUGAACUCAGGGAACCUGAAUAUAUAGAAAUCUCUAAAAACAGAAAGUAACGUAACUACCCAUCACAAUAACUAUAAUAACAGUAACAAUCAAUUCAUCGCAUUAGCAGAAUGCUUCAUGCUUAUAAAGCGCUUUUACAAACUUUUUCCUAUUUGAUAUUUGCAACAACUCCAUAUUAGGGCUGAUAUUGUGGGGCCCAUUUUACAGAUGAGGUAACUA